UCACCCUCUGUCUCUGUCUCUGUCUCACCCUCUGUCGGUCUCUCCGUGCGGAUCGAUUCUCGGACUCUGCCCGGUGUCAAACAUUAAAGCAGCGGCGGCGGCGGCGGGCUCGUGCCAUCCACAGCGGGAACAGCGCAGCGACCUCCAUCCUCUUCAUCCUCUCCAUCCUCUCCAUCAUCAUGUCCGGCACCAAGGAGGAGGACCGCAAAGGCUCGAGCCAGUGGCGCGAGUUCUUCUGGAACCCGCGGACCCACGAGCUGAUGGGCCGAACCGCCUCGAGCUGGGGUCUGAUCCUGCUCUUCUACCUGGUCUUCUACCUGUUCCUGGCGGGAAUGUUUGUUCUCACCAUGUACAUCAUGCUGCUGACACUGGACGACUACAAGCCCACCUGGCAGGACCGGCUGGCCACUCCAGGGAUGAUGAUUCGUCCGAAGGGCGAUCAGCUGGAGAUCACCUUCUCUGUGUCAGAUACAGAGAGCUGGGACGGCUUCAUCCACAACCUGAACACGUUCCUGUCUCCGUAUAAUGACAGCUAUCAGGUUCAGACCAAUGAUAACUGCCCUCCAGAUCAAUACUUCAUUCAAGAGGACAGUGGAGAGGUCAGGAACAACCCCAAGCGUUCCUGUCAGUUCAAUCGGACCAUGUUGGAGGAGUGUUCUGGGAUUUCGGAUCGUUUCUAUGGUUACAACAGAGGUCAGCCCUGCAUCCUCAUCAAAAUGAACCGGGUCAUUGGUAUGUUGCCGGGGAAGGACGGUCAGUCUCCUUAUGUCACCUGUGGAGCCAAGAGGUACAAAGUGGAGAGAGACGAGUGGAGGGAGGACACCGAUAAGGUCGGACCUCUGGCGUAUUAUCCUCCCAACGGGACCUUCAACCUCAUGUACUACCCGUACUACGGCAAGAAAGCUCAGGUGAACUACACUCAGCUGCUGGUGGCCGUGAAGUUCCUGAACGCCUCCCUGAACACCGACAUCAACAUCGAGUGUAAAAUCAACUCCAACACGCUCACCGAGGGCAGCGAGAGAGACAAGUUCGCCGGACGGGUUUCCUUCAAGCUACGGAUCAACGACAAAUAGACGCCCUGCAACACACACAACACACACACACACACGUUACAGCUGCACCGAUCCAGAUGUUUAAAUGUCCUCGUCCGUUAGAGCCUCAAACGCACCACUUGUGUUGCUACGUAGAACCGUUUGUAUUCUAGCUCCAUGAUGCGUUCACUGACCGUCUGAAUUAUCCGUCACCUUUAGUUACAGCCUGCCCACAGUAGUCCCGUUUUGUUUUGUAUGCUCUCCGAUGUGAUCCUCCGUACAACGGCCUGACUCCAGCUUUAACACACUGACCCUGAGACCGACCAAUCAGCUCGCACACACGCUCUGAUGUCACAGAGGACGCAGUGAAGAACGACAGGAGGACCUUCACCUCAGUCAUCACGUCAGUCUGCCCAGAUCAAAGAUCAGAUUACUGAUCGCACAGCUGACGUGUUUAUUUAUCCAUGUAUUUAUUUCUUAUUUAUUUAUUGGGUUUACUGAUGACGACUUUGUUUUUAUAUCAUUAUGAAUUAUUUAUGUGAGGUUACCUUCUGAUUGGUUUCUGUAACUGCAACAUCAGGCACGAUUGGCUCUGAUUGGCUGUUCAGAAACUGUUGCAGGUUCCCACACAUCCUGGGGAACCUGGUUUUAUCACUCAGUGCAGAAACUAAAUUACAGAAACAAGUUCUCCCUCCCCAGGAGUUUGUAACCUGGGCGUCAUGCUGGAAACAUUCCCAGACUCCGGCCCUCACUCUCUGACUCUGUGGCUGAGACUCUUUAAUUACUGCAGCGUUGUCCUGUUUGGUCUGCCCUGUGAGGCGCUCGACAUGGCUCCAGGAUGCCCAGAACUCAGCUGCUGGAGUUUUAACAUGUAUAAAGUCCUGACAGCACAUCACCCCCACCCUAAUGCAGCUUCACUGGCUGCCAGUCAGGUCCCACACCGCUUACAAAAUCCUGCUCCUCUUACAUCACAUUUACUCAUUUGGCAGACUGUAAGUCCCGCCACGGACCUGCACAACUUUACUUUUCACAUCCUAUCACGGUGUCUGCAGUCCUCUUAAAAGUUUAAAAAGUAUCUUCAAGCACACCUCUUCAUUGAUGCAUGUAGGCCAUAAACACAGCUCCAGAGAUAACAUAACAGGAACCAGUUCAGAAACCAGAUCCAGCAUCAGAUCCUACAACUGUUCAGAAACCAGAACAGAAAUCAUAUCAUAAAUAGUUCCGAAACCAGUUGAGCUGCUACAACUGAAACAGCUCACUUUACUGAAGAUGUGAGGAAUCAGAACAGCAAUAUCAGAAACCAGAAAACAAACCAGGUGAGACAUCAGAUCUUAAACCAGUU